CAUCUUCCAAAGCCAUGAGUGCGGCAGGCAAGCAUCCUUGACCCCCUAGCCAACCUCCGUGGCCUUUCAUCGGAAACACGGCAGCUAUGUGCAAGUUUUUCAAGUCUUUGCCGUCUGCUUUCUUUUCAUCCUCGAUCGGUUGUAGUGUGUAAGCUCCUUGGAGUAGCACUAUAUGAAAGACAAGGGUAACGAACAGGUCGUAGUUCUUCAUCGUAUACACUCUGCUAUCGAUCCGUUAUGGUGGUGGUGGUACCGUUCGGCCCGAUACGCUUUCCAUCUGCAGGCAACACAAGGCACAUACUUUCACAUCGUCCUCACAGUGUGCAACUACACUGCUUGGAAAACAAGGCGAAGAUGCGGUGCAAUAAGUUCGAGGCGUAGCUUCAGCAGUUCCACAUUACGAGCAGAAAAUAAACGCGCACAAGACCACUCAAGGCCGGAUCCGCAAGAACGGAUAUUCCAGGGAGCAUGUGCGUAACCGUUGCUAGGCAACCUGCUCUUCUGCUGCAAGACAAUUGGGAAAGGAAGAUUUUCGGCAUUAAGUAACCAAUUUAAAGAAAGUGUACGUAACGUUAAUUUGAAUUUAGCUUUGCAUUGUUGUUACCCGAAGGGUAGCUACUAGAGGUAAAGGGUAGCUCUUUACGUCUUCAACACGUCAUUUCCGACUCCGACGCAGAUAAAAAAAAAAUAAACAUGGCGGCUUCUGACAGAAAGUGCUUUCAGUGUGGAAAGGAGCCCAAGUAUUGUUGUCCUCGCUGCUCCACACGAUCGUGUUCACUACCCUGCGUGAAGCUCCACAAGAGGAACCAAGAAUGCGACGGAAUUCGAGAUAAAACAGCGUACGUCCCACUGUCUGAUUUCACGGAUCUGGACCUACUUAGCGACUACAGGUUCCUCGAAGAAUCAACGAGAGUUGUCGACACUGCACACAGGAGUGGGUCAACUCUGGGUGUAGCUGCACGACGAGGCUUUUUACCUGGGCACCUCCAUAAGCUACAAACAGCAUCGAGGCAGAAAGGGAUCCAGUUGAAAUUCCUACCAAAAUGUUUCACAAAGAGGAGAGAGAAUACCAGCUGGUAUGACAUCAAAGAAAAAUGCACCUACUGGCACAUUGUGUGGGAGUUUGUAGACGCAAAAGUCAAGGUUCACGACAAAAGGAUACCGGAAACAGACACAUUAGGAGAGUGCUUAGACAGGCAUCUGAACACAGAUACCUGCAGCGCUGACCUGCGACCCAAAUUGGCGAUGUACCAGGCAGGUGGCUCCAAGGCAACCUGUGUGCUCAUGGCCGUCGAAGGGAAGCAUGCCAGCUACUACCAGCUGGACAUCUCUGCCACAGUGGAGGACAACUUGAAAGGAAAAGCUAUUUUAGAGUACCCUACCUUCGUAGUAGUACCCAGAGACCAUGUCUCUAGCUACAAGAUAGUCGGAAACGAUGUUGAAAAGCAGGAAGUUACGGGUUUGCCAUCGUUCUUUAGCAGCAAUCCAAAUGUGUCAAGUGACAGUAGCGGUGAGGAAUAAAAAUUGACAUUUCAGAUAA